AUGCCUGCAACCAAUCAAUUCGAGGACAACCUGCACCUCAGCAUCUUGGGCCUCGGGGUCGAGUAUCCUCCCCAUAGACAUGGCCCCGAGUCCUUAGAGACCUUAGCAAAUCGAUAUUACAAAAGCUCGACUGCCCUGACGAAAGUACUCUCCAUCAAUCGCUUUACCGGUAUUGAAUCUCGAGCCUCUAUCGGACAGCUUGAUCAUCCACUCGUCAAUCAGUCGACCGCCCCUGACAUCAAACAACUUGAUGACUUCUUUCGCGACGAGGGUGUACGACUAUCCGUCGAAGCUAGCAAGAAAGCGAUAAAAGAUGCAGGCAUCUCGGUAGAAGAGAUCACUCAUGUCGUCGCUACCACAUGUACCAAUUCAGCAAACCCCGGGUUCGAUCACUAUGUGCGGAAACGAUUAGGAAUCCGAAAUACUGAAAACGUUCUUCUACACGGCAUUGGAUGCUCAGGUGGUCUAGCAGCCAUCAGAACGGCAGCAAAUCUCGCUCUCGGAUCCUCGUAUCGCGGUAGACCGGCAAGAAUAUUGGUAGUAGCAUGUGAGAUCUCAACGCCCCUCUUUCGAUCGGAGCUGGACUCCGUGGAUCGUGACCAGGAAGUACGCAUUGGAGUGUGUCUAUUCAGCGAUGGAGCAUCAGCAUGUAUUCUCAGUAACGGCAUCGGGGAGAGCGUAAAAGGCGAGCCCGUGUACGAUAUCCUGGGUUGGAAGCAUGAGAUAAUAGACGGUACGGAGGAGGACUUGGGCUUUGAUGUGGAUCCACUUGGUUGGAAGGUUGUUCUCACCCCUCGCGUCCCCCAUCUUACAUGUGCGACCGUCGCCCCCGCCUUCGCAGAUCUCGUAGCUAGCAUACCAAGUCUAUCUACCACCCCGAAUAGCUCUUUAAUCGCCGAAGACUUCGAUUGGGCGCUCCAUCCCGGCGGCUCGACUAUCAUCACCGGCAUACAAAGAACUAUGAAUCUGACGGAAGAUCACUUGAGGGCGUCAUAUGAGAUCUACAUGAAUUAUGGCAACAGCUCGAGCGCCACAAUAAUGUCCGUAUUGAAUCGGCUGAGAAGUUAUGGUGCUGGAAGGGAAAAUGUGGUCGCUUGUGCUUUCGGGCCGGGGAUCAGUCAGGAGUUGAUGAUUCUAAAGAGACGAAAGUGGGGAGUGAAAGAUGGCCAGGGAUUGAAUGGGCACGUGGAGGUAAAUGGACAUAAUCAGAUAAAUGGAGCUCGAGAAGUGAACGGGCAUGUCGCUACUCACGAAGAGGCAAAGUCAGACGGACAGGCGGGCGAUAUUGUGCAUGCGGAACCGAAGGGUAGUGGGGAGACGGACAGACAUCUUGAGUCGGAUGCUAAUGGGGUGGAUGGUGAGCUUAGUGGUCUGCCGGUAGAGGACAUCGACUGA